CCGACGCCGGCGUGGCGUGGUGCGCAAGCGCAGUCUGUCGCUGAGGCUUGCAGGACUGCGGAGAUAUGGCCGGCGUUGGAGCAGUUUCGCGGCUUCUUCGCGGGCGGCGCUUGGCGCUAGCUGGGAAGCGGCCAGCAACAUUCCAAACACAGACCUGUAGCUUUCACUUCACUGUUGGUGAGAGUAAGAAGGCAUCUGCCAAAGUUUCAGAUGCGAUUUCUACUCAAUACCCAGUUGUGGAUCAUGAAUUUGAUGCUGUGGUGGUAGGUGCUGGAGGGGCAGGCUUGCGAGCUGCGUUUGGCCUUUCUGAGGCAGGGUUUAAUACUGCCUGCCUUACAAAGCUCUUUCCUACCCGAUCACAUACUGUUGCAGCACAGGGAGGCAUCAAUGCUGCUCUGGGGAACAUGGAAGAGGACAACUGGAGGUGGCAUUUCUACGACACCGUGAAAGGAUCUGACUGGCUGGGGGAUCAGGAUGCCAUCCAUUACAUGACAGAGCAAGCCCCUGCCUCUGUGGUCGAGCUAGAGAAUUAUGGCAUGCCAUUUAGCAGAACUGAAGAUGGAAAGAUUUAUCAGCGUGCAUUUGGUGGACAGAGCCUCAAGUUUGGGAAAGGCGGGCAGGCUCAUCGGUGCUGCUGUGUGGCUGAUCGAACAGGCCACUCACUCUUGCACACCUUGUAUGGAAGGUCUCUGCGAUAUGACACCAGCUAUUUUGUGGAGUAUUUUGCCUUGGAUCUUUUGAUGGAAAGUGGGGAGUGCCGUGGUGUCAUUGCACUGUGCAUAGAAGAUGGGUCCAUACACCGAAUAAGAGCAAAGAACACUGUUAUUGCUACUGGGGGUUAUGGGCGAACCUACUUCAGCUGCACAUCUGCCCAUACCAGCACAGGGGAUGGCACAGCCAUGGUCACCAGGGCUGGCUUGCCUUGCCAGGACUUAGAGUUUGUUCAGUUCCACCCCACAGGUAUAUAUGGUGCUGGCUGUCUCAUCACAGAAGGAUGCCGUGGAGAGGGAGGUAUUCUCAUCAACAGUCAAGGUGAAAGGUUCAUGGAGAGAUAUGCCCCUGUUGCCAAGGACCUGGCAUCUAGAGAUGUUGUAUCUCGAUCCAUGACUAUGGAGAUCCGUGAAGGAAGAGGCUGUGGCCCAGAGAAAGAUCACGUCUACCUGCAGUUGCACCAUCUGCCCCCUGAGCAGCUGGCUACACGUCUGCCUGGAAUUUCAGAGACGGCUAUGAUCUUCGCUGGUGUGGAUGUCACUAAGGAGCCUAUCCCUGUCCUCCCCACUGUGCAUUACAACAUGGGUGGGAUUCCCACUAACUACAAGGGGCAGGUGCUGAAGCAUGUAAAUGGACAGGAUCAGAUUGUGCCUGGCCUGUAUGCCUGUGGGGAGGCUGCCUGCGCUUCGGUGCAUGGUGCCAACCGACUUGGAGCAAAUUCCCUAUUGGACCUCGUAGUCUUUGGCCGAGCCUGUGCCCUGAGCAUUGAAGAAUCUUGCAGACCUGGAGAUAAAGUUCCUCCAAUUAAAGCAAAUGCUGGAGAAGAGUCGGUUAUGAAUCUUGACAAGUUAAGAUUUGCUGAUGGAAGCAUAAGAACAUCAGAACUACGCCUCAGCAUGCAGAAGUCGAUGCAGAGUCAUGCUGCAGUGUUCCGUGAGGGAAGUGUAUUGCAAGAAGGCUGUGAAAAAAUCAGCAAAUUAUAUGGAGACUUGAAGCAUCUAAAGACGUUUGACAGAGGAAUGGUCUGGAACACAGACCUGGUGGAGACCCUGGAGCUGCAGAACCUGAUGCUAUGCGCACUUCAGACCAUAUAUAGUGCAGAGGCACGGAAGGAGUCACGGGGAGCUCAUGCCAGAGAAGAUUAUAAAGUUCGAGUUGAUGAGUAUGAUUACUCCAAGCCCAUCCAAGGGCAGCAGAAGAGGCCAUUUGAGGAACACUGGAGGAAGCACACCCUCUCGUAUGUGGACAUCGAGACUGGGAAGGUUACUUUGGAGUAUAGACCUGUCAUUGACAAGACCUUGAAUGAAGCUGACUGUGCCACCGUACCCCCUGCUAUCCGUUCCUACUGAUAAAACCUGGCAGCUACAAGACCAGCUUAUGUGAUUAUAUAUAAUAGCUUACAUAGGUUUUCCUGUUAUAUUUGUCUUGUUAAAAUUCUACUCAUGAACAAGGAGUCACUUCAUAGAUUAUUAGCCAACAGCUUGCUAGUACUUGAUGUGAGGGACAACUACACUAGACUUUGUCCCUUUAUUUUUGUGCAGUAAUAAAACUGGCAUAAUUCUUAAAUAAAAUACAAAUGUCUUUUAUUUCCAAAUAAAGUCAUGUAUUUGAUUUUAGGCCUAUCUGUCUAAAAUAGCAAAUGUAAUUGUCUUCCCUGUCUAGCCCUAUCAGUUGUGUUUUUCAACUAUAAAGUUUCUUGUGCUAUAUACUAAACUAGACUUUGUAGAAUGUCAAGAUGUACUGGUAAAUAAAAUUGAGAAGUAGGAUGGGCCCUUAAUAAUUAAAAAGAAAGUUUUGAAUGUGAUAAGUAUAGAGCCAGUGCCUUGUUUAGGUUCCUGGUGGGGAGAGGUAUAUGCAUACAUUCAUGUAUAUGUGAAGGGGGGGUGGUAUGUGCAGGUAGCUUUGUCAACUUGACACAAUCUAGCAUCACCUAGGAAGAGAAUCUCAAUGAAGGACUGCUUCAAUUUAAUUGGCCCGUGGACAUGUCUUUGAGGGAUUGUCUUGAUUAUGCUAAUUGAUAGGGGAAGAUAGCCCACUAUGGGCACCACCAUUCCCAGGAUCUAAUGGAUCCUGGAUGGUAUAAGAGCAAGCUGAGCACUCACCAUGCAUGCAUUCAUUCAUUGCUCUACUUUUCACUGUGCAUGUAACUAGUUGCUUCAAGUUCCUGCCCUGACUUCCUCAAAAUGAAGGACUUUAACCAGAAAUUGUAAGCCAAAUAAAUCCUUUCUCAAAGA